AUGGAGGCUAUCUCAGCUGCCUUGGCAGAAGAGGAAGAGAAACGAAGGGACGCUAUUGCGCGACAAGCUGCGGAAGCAGGCGAAACGGAAUGGUUCCUCGACUUUGACGGGGCAGACUCAACCCAAUACGCGCAACCACCCGUUGUGCUCGCAGAUUACUCCCUUGAUGCGGACGAUGACGAUAUUGGCUACGGGGGACGACAGGUCUACGGAAAUUACAAGAAGAAAAAUAAGCCGACGGUUGUACGAUCCUGCCGACCUGUUGUUCGAAAGCUAAUAGUAUACAGGCAACCACCACCGCCGAAGGCGAUCAAGAUGAAAGUGAAGCUCGGGAGAUGA